UAAUUCAGCUCACAGUAGAUGCUUAAGUGUUUCUGUCUCUAUUUUCACAUUUGUCAGAUGCUUGGUUUAGGAGAAAACCUUCGCCUCUUUGGAUUGUUCAUUGUUGUCUUGUUUGCCCUCGACUACGGUAUGGUGGCUAAAACCAAGGUGGAGGCUUGGACCUAUCACUACAACAUCAGCCUCAGCAGAGACUGGAAUUCUGCCAGGCAGUUCUGCUGCCAGCAUUACACAGACAUGGUGGCCAUCCAGAACCAGAAGGAAAUCGCACAUCUCAACGAGAUCCUUCCGCGGAACCCGAAAUACUACUGGAUCGGCAUCCGGAAAGUGGGCAAUGUCUGGACGUGGGUUGGGACCAAUAAGACCUUGACUAAGGAGAGUGAGAACUGGGCAGCCGGAGAGCCCAACAAUAAAGGAAGCCAGGAAGACUGUGUGGAAAUAUACAUCAAAAGAGAAACAGAAACUGCCAAGUGGAAUGAUGAGAAGUGCACUAAGGAGAAAGGAACCAUUUGUUACAACGCCUCCUGCAGUCCACAUGCCUGUAGCGGCUACGGAGAGUGUGUGGAGACCAUCGGAAACUACAGCUGCUCGUGCCAGCCAGGCUUCCAGGGGCCGCACUGUGAGGAAGCUCAGCGCUGUAGGAUGCUAACAGCUCCCCCCCAUGGGAACCUGAGCUGCUCCCACCCCUAUGGAAAUUUCAGCUUCAACUCCAGCUGUGAUAUUCGCUGUGAGGAAGGCUACUUCCUGAACGGGACAGCGUCCACACGGUGCGGCUCCCUGGGGACGUGGACAGAGACCCCAGGAAUGUGUCAGGGUAAAUCAGCCUAUUCCUGCUAUUGUACCAGUAAAGAGCUGGGUCCUCUGAAUCANUUCACUCAAUGCACCUCGCAGGGGGUGUGGAGCAGCGCCUCCCCAGUUUGUGAGGCUCGACAGUGUCGCCCCUUGGAGGUACCAUCCCAUGGUCACAUGACGUGCUCCCACCCUCAUUCCCACUUCAGCUUCGGCUCCAGGUGUGAGCUGGGCUGUGAGGAGGGCUUCCUGCUCAGAGGAUCUCACCUUCUGCAGUGUACUACAUCUGGGCUUUGGAGUAAUGUGACGCCCUCCUGUCAAGCUGUGCAGUGUAAGCCCCUAGAAGCUUCACCACCACUCUCCAUGAACUGCACUCAUCCACUGGGCAUCUCCAGCUUCCAGUCUCUGUGUCACUUCCACUGUGGGGAAGGCUUCAUGCUGAAUGGGACUGAGUACAUGUCCUGCACCUCCUGGGGCCUCUGGACGAAUCCUUUACCUUCAUGCAGAGUGACAGAGACGUCGCUCGGGGUUCGCAUGCUAAUGUAUGCGGGGGUGGGGUCUGCCACAUCGAUUGGCCUGCUUCUCGUGGGCGGUCUGCUAUUCUACGCUGCUACACACCUUAAAGAAAAAGGUGGCGCAAAAAAAUUGGAUGAGUCUCUGUGGGUAGAUCAAGAAAACCCCGCCUUCGAGAACUGUUAGAAAAAUCAGAUCAAAUUCCAUGCUGUUCAUCAAGAUUUUGUAUUCUUUUGAAUUUACAGCACAGAUUCAAACUGCUGUUCUGACUCUCUCCACUCAUUCAUUACACAGAACUAAACUUUUUAAAAAGGAAUUAAACUUUUUUUUUUUAGUUGUACAAUAGACAUGUUAACUUUUCUGUUAGGUGUUCAAUAUAUAGGCCUACACGUUAACUUUUAGGUUAGGCGUAUAAUAUCGCAUACGUAGGUCAAUUUCUUUCAUACAAACAGUUUUCAAUCAUAUUUAUGUUAAUAUGUAAAUCGAGCAUUUAUGCUUUGCAUUGUGUAUCUGGAGACAUUGUGCUUCAUGAUAUAGUAAUACUGUAGAUAGAUAUAGUGAAACGUCACCCCAGCGAUCUGACUGACUUUCGCUUGGAACAAGAGUAAAGUGCGGGCCUCCCCAGCGGCGACAGCGCCGGACGGGAGAGCGAGUCCCGAGCAUACUGUCCCCAAGCAUGAGGCCUGCGAGUCCCAAGCAUACUGUCCCCAAGCAUGAGGCCUACUCCCUACCUGCGCCGGACCUCAAGGCGGCCUGCGUCUUGGCAGCUGCCUCCGCCGUCUCCGGCCGCCGGGGGCCGGGUCAAGUGGUGACAGAUGAGUGCGAUGGAAAACCUGAGGGAGCGGGUGGCAAAUGCCAGCCGUCUCAACGGGUCGCCCGUCACCUGUCACCUCCGCUAAGCUCCGCUACCUCGGCCACCGCCGCGUCGCCGGGGGCUGCCAAGACAGAGGCCGGGCGCGAGGCGUACAGCGUUUCGAAGGGUGACGUAAGGGGGAGGAAUUAGCGGAAUCCUGGUGUAAAAACCUGUCUCUCACAUCUCGUAAGCAUGUGCCAUUUUUUAAAUCAAAAAUGUAUUCCAUAAAUUUGCUCUUUUGUCAUAUGUUGAUUAAAAAAAAGUGCGAUUAUAACCAUAAAAAGCUUGCUGUAAUUUUACGCUAACGGAAAUAUUUGAAUUAAAGAACAAUAUCUUUCAGAGGGAGGACAUACAAAAACGGACACAGAAGCAUAAUGUCGAUUAUAUAAGAAAAACACUAACUUUGGGACGUAUAAUGUACUUAAAACAACGCUCGGUUUAUGGUAUGACGUUAGUAACUUAAACGCUAAAUUCUAAGUGCAUAAACAGAAAGACGCACUUAAGUCCUGAAAGUAUAAACGAUUAAAAAAAACGUAGAAGUGCAGCAGAAUACAUAUUCAUUGAUUUAGCCUUGCUCACACAUGAAACGUUCUUAAGUAUUUAGCUACUAAUGUUUAAUUAUGAAAAUAUCCUGUUGGGACGUUUUUAGAAAAUGAGCUCAUCUGUUUCUGCUCUGAAGCAGCAUGAUGCCAAUUAUAACAGUUAAAAGACAGAGGGUUUGUGGCCCA